AUGACUUUCAAGGUCAUACAAGGUCAGGAAUGGAAGAAACAUUUGGAAUAUUUCGUAUCCCUAUUCCUGGCUGUCUGCGGUCUGGCGAUGAUCGCCGUGGCAAGAUCGGAGCUACCGAAGCCUAGCUACGCGAGGACGAUGCUCAAAGUCUCGAGGAGUCUUCCAGGCGAGACGGAGGAGCUGAAAGUCCGUACCAGCGAGGGUAGCCUAGCCACUCUGAUCGUGAAACGAAGGGACAAGUCUCACCUGGAGGAUACGAAGAAUCUCGAAGUCUCUAGCAAGCUUCCAGAAACCCAGAAGAUCGAUGAUCUCGAGAAGACUGGCGACAGCUCCGUUUCACCGUUGGACGCAUCCGAGCCCAGACGAAACGAGAUCAAGAGCAAAGAAGAGGUCAGGAAACUGGAGGAAGCUCAGAUCGAGCAACUCAGGGCGAAGUUAUCGGAGUCUGAUAGUCAGAAGGGUGCUAGUCCGAACGCUAAAAACGCGUCGACGGAAGAGAAGACGGUGGAUCCGGGGAGGGAGCAAGCUGUCAGCGAAAAGAAUAUAGAUUAUGGAAACUGGACGCCUCUGGGCAUCGAUGGAAGAAGGGUGCAAUUGGAGGAAACUGUCACGGAGGAGUAUCAAAGCUGGAAACCUCUUCAGAGCGACACGAAGACCACCGCUGAAGAGAGAACCGAUUAUGGAAGGUUCGAUACCGCGUUCCCAACCGGUGGAUUGCUUUUGCUACGACAUUUCCAAGAUCGUACGCAGAGGAACUUGCCCGUGAACGAUCAGAACGACGACAAGACACGUUACACGUUCUUGCCGCAUCAGGUUCGAUCGACAAGGACCAACAUGGGCGCGAAUCUGUCGAAGAACAGGGACGCGAAAAACGUGCCGCCGGAAGUGAUCGUACGGUCGGAGAUAAAUGUGAAAUCGGGACCAAAGAGGACACCGAUGACACUGGACAGGGAUGGGACACCGGUGAUCCACGGCAAGAGGGUACCAGACGAACCGAUCGACAAGAUCCAGACCUGGCGUAACGCCAGAGUGAUCAACAACAAACUGAUACGCGAUGGUAGCACCGCGGAGAGCUUGGAUCCGUCUGCUAGCUCCUACCAAACGGAAAACGGGGAAAGACAGAGGUUCGAGAGAUUCUUCAGAAACGUGAAUCGAAGGUACGGCAAAGACGCGGACGAGGAGGGCAACAACGUGUUCUUCGAGUGGGACCCGAAGAACUACAAGAACGAGGCUUUAAAAGCAGAGGUGUACGAGCCAAGGAACGACAACUAUCGCGCGAACGGUCACAAAAGGAUGCUGCACACCGACGGAGUGGCUGUGUACCCGGUUUCGCAGCUUUACACGCCAGAGAGCCAAAAGAUCGCGCCUGUCGUGCUGAAACCAGGCGCCAGGGCGCCUGUUCUCCAGUACGCUCAUCCGGAGCUGGGCGUGCAACCGGCCAAGAUCCUCAAAAACGAGAAAAAACGACCAGAUAACUUCCCUGAAAAUCAAUACUCGUUCACGGAGCAACGGCAGAAGAAAAAGUACGUGUUGAACGACAAAAACAUAGUCGACACCUACACCACGAAGAACUAUUAUCCGAAUCAGCAUUUCUACGGUUUGAAACGGCCAAACGACGCACCGUUCUGGGUCAAGAUAUCGGAGAACCUCAGGAGCCAGUUCUCGAACGGUGUGGAGAAGGUGUCGCAGUUCACACGACCGGUAAUCGAUCCUCUGGUGGAAGCCACCCACAAGAUAUCCCAGAAUCUCGGCCUGUCGAAAGGCAACGAGGCUCAAGAGAAGAUCGGAACAGUCGCUUCCGGUUCCAGUAUCCUGAUCCCUGCCCUGGGAUUGGUAGCUUCAGGCGCUGCUCUGGGUAUAGGAGCUGUGGCAGUGGGUAGAUACCUGGACGUCGACGUCCUGAAGCGAUCGAACAACGGAAUCGGUACCGAGAUAGAGUAUCAGAGAGCUCUGGACGCUGAUCAACCAUUUUUGAACGGUUACGAACAGCAAAACGGACCAGGACCGGUUGGAGAUACAGUGUACCUCCUGGAGAACGUUCCAAGGAACGAGAAUGCUGAUAACAAUGACGGUGUCGGGUCUGUGAACGACGAUAAAGGUGUUCUGGUGAUCCUCCAAGAAGAUCAGAAGAAUCAAGGGAAUAGGCCAGAGACUGGAGCCACGGUUGCCAACAACAGAAGAAAACGGAGUCUCAAUUACCUGGACAUCUUCCAGACGGAAGGGAACUAUAAAAAUCUAGUUCGAAACAAACGUUUCCAGCGAAAGGGAGCCGAUCCGAUCAGCGAGAUCGUGGAGAUCGAUCUGCCGAGUCGCGAGGGUAGCAUCGACGUGACGGAGUUCCUGAUCCCGAGGAAGAAGACCACGGACGAGGCGAAGAAAUUCGACGAGGACACGUCGAUUCUCGUGGUGGAGGAUGGCGGGUCAGUGCCUCGGAAACUCUUCGACAAGAAAUUCGCCAACGACGUUUCCGACGAUAAUGAAUUGAACAGCAGCGUAACCGAUCAAGGAUCGACGAGCUCUGUGGACGGACGAGAUGAGAGACGGAAGAGACGAAGCGUGGAAGACGAUCAGGAACUUGAGGACGCUCUCCAGAACCUGGAGAACGCAGAGAUCGCGGAUGUGGCCCAUAUCGAUGGCGAUUGGACGAACACGCCGUGCGCGAAGAGGAUAUUCUGCGACGCGAUGAUCCAAAGGGGCGCAGACGCGGUGAUCCUGAUGGAGAAGAAAAUGGCCGCCCUUCUGGGCUUAAUCCAGCCCGGAGCUGCUGUCCAGGUGUCCAGCCACUUCCAGGAGGUCAUGGACGCAGUCCGUAGACACGAUUGUUCCAGCUUUCUGUGUCCCCAGGCCAGGCCAGGCAACGUGUUCUUCUAA